UCCCACUUUUAGUAGCAACAGGUGUUUUGAUCGAUUUGGUACGCGACAGUGCGCUCCGUGUGACCGUUGCUUGCGAUUCCACCUUGUUUUUCUGUUGGUACAUGGUACAUGGUAGUGACGGAGGGUGAAGGCGUGAUGUGAGGGUGGUGUGUGUGACGUUAUGGAUUAUGUUUGCUGGGUUGGAUAAGUUUGAGAUAAUGCCAUCGCAAGAUGCCCCUCGCCGCCCUACUCCUCCGUGAAGCCACGCCCUCGUCGCUCGCCACCCUCGUCUCGCGUUCGCAGCACCUCCCUCCGCCCCACCCGUCCUACGACCUGCAGUUAAGCCCCACCCACUUUUCAUUCACGCCGCUAAAGCCGGAAACCCCCGAUGAGGGCUUCGAAUCCGACAUCGACAGCCUCUCCAUCGUCUCUAAUGGCAGCUACGAAACGAAAACGGCCGAAACUGACAGCGCCAACGGCUCGGCGAGUUCCGACAGCGACACGGAGACGCCCGAACCCGCCCGAACUGUCGCUGAAUCGUACAAUCUAGUCGACUGCGUCUGCUAUAACGACGUUACUUACCCAGACGUCCUCUUAUUCGUCAUAAAGGGCGAAGCUCUCGUCUUCAGAUUCGACGAGUUGAACAACUUGAAGAACUUCUAUUUGAACUUCACGGCGCUGAAAGCGGUGACCAAUCAGAAGGCGUACAACAAAAGUGGCGGGAAAUUCAAUUUGUUACAGAGGACGGACAACAACGGGGUGACGCACAUAGAGAUUACGAGGGAGCCAGAGCUGGCGAAAUUGGCUCCGCCCGUGCUAGUCAGGAACCAAUCGCCGCUACGGAAGGUGUGGUCAUCGGCUGAUGAUCUGCUGGCGACGCCGAAACGGCCGGAUCGAAAGAAGAAAGUGAAGGGGAAGGCUCCGCCUCCUCCGCAACAAGCUCCGCCUGGGUCGCCGCCUUCGGCUGACGUGAUGCGAGGAGAGUACGUGCGAGUGAAUGUUAACACGGAUGCUAUCAAUAAGGAUUUUAUUGCGAAGAGUCAGUUGAAGGAGAAGAAGCCCAAGGCGAAUUUGGCAACGCUGUUUAUCCCCAAGCCGGUGAAAUCGGAGGCAUGGACGAAUUCUGUGCCACGGCUACUCAAGAAACAUAGGAGUAGGAGCGAGACUAGGUGUUUUACGCCAAUGGCGUAUCGGUAUAUAGACACGGCACCCUCGUAUUCGCCAAUGGGAGAGCGACUAUUUGGGCUCUCCUCAAAGCUGAAGGAUUUCGGGGAGGGGAGGGAGUGUCGGUGGAACAGUGGUGGGGAUUUGAGCUACAAGGAGGGAAAUUUGAAGAGCGUGAUUAAAAAAGAAGAAGGGAGGAAGAAAAAUGAGAAAAAGGUUACUUUUAGCGCCUACACGACGGUGCAGGUUGUCUGAAAAGCCCUAUAGUACUGAUCUUUUUUUGUUGUUUGUUUGUAUAUUUUUAAUUAGUGUGUAUAUAUUAUAGUCGACAUAGACAUGUAUAUAAUCGCAAUAAAGAGUAUAAACUGA